CCCACAGUGAGGCUCAGCAGGAGACAGGCAGAGGACACUGGAACUCCACCACUGGCUUUGUCCUCACAAGCCUUUUCAAUGACAGCCAGAUGCACUUGUUCCUGUUCAGCAUGGUGGUGUUGGUCUACGGCCUCGCCAUGGUCGGCAACACGGCCAUGGUCCUCCUGAUCUGGACAGACACCCGACUCCACACGCCCAUGUACUUUCUCCUCAGCCAGCUGUCCUUUCUGGAUAUCUUCUUCACGUCAGUCACUGUCCCCAAGAUGAUAGUGGGUUUCCUCUUUGGCUGGACUAGCAUCUCCUUUGGAGGGUGUGGGGCACAGAUGUUUUUCUUCAUGUUCCUGGGGGCUGCAGAGUGCCUCCUGCUGGCCCUCAUGGCCUACGACCGCUACGUGGCCAUCUGCAACCCUCUGCGCUACCCAGUGCUCAUGAGCCGCCAGGUGUGCCUGCUCAUGGUGGCGGCCUCCUGGCUGGGAGGGUCCCUCAAUGCCUCCAUCCAGACCUCUCUGACCCUUCAGUUCCCCUACUGUGGCUCCAGGAAGGUUUCCCACUUCUUCUGCGAGGUGCCCUCCCUGCUGAUGUUGGCCUGCGCCAACACAGAGGCCUACAAGCAGGUGCUCUUUGUGACAGGCGUGGUGGUCCUCCUGGUGCCCAUCGCCUUCAUCACAGCCUCCUACGCCCUCAUCCUGGCAGCCGUGCUCCGGAUGCACUCUGUAGAGGGGCGUCAGAAGGCCCUGGCCACGUGCUCCUCCCACCUCACGGUGGUGAAUCUCUUCUAUGGGCCCCUUGUCUAUACCUAUAUGUUACCUGCUUCCUACCACUCACCUGGCCAGGACGAUGUAGUAUCUGUCUUUUAUACAGUUCUCACACCUAUGCUUAACCCUGUCAUCUACAGCCUGAGGAACAAGGAGGUUACAGGGGCGAUGAAGAAGGCCAUGGGGCGGUGUGGACUUAGUGGGAACACCUGAGACCAGAGGGGGACUGGGAGACAAGUAUCUCAGCCCCUAGCACAGUCCUAUGCAGUGGAUGAGAA